AUGGUAACGCGGGGCUCCUGCUGCGCCCUGCGGCUGGAGAGUCGCGGGGAAGAGCGGCGCGUGGGAGAUGAUGGGACGGAGAGAGAGGUGACGGGGGACGACAGGGCCCCGGCCCUGGCCAGGCUCAGCGUGCUCGGGGCCUGCCCCCAGCCACCAGGCCACGUUUCGUGCAUAUUCGGCGUGGCCCUGCACAGUGACCGACAGAUGGUCCUCCCCCUGCCCUGGCGUCUCCAUGCCUACACGGACCUGCCCGCCACCCACCAGGACUGUGUUGAAACUAAAACAAUCAUGGACCCAACGCCCGAGUCCGUCUCUCCCGCCCUCUCUGUCUGUCUCCUAGCCAGUGGCCGGGGCCUGGACAGCGAGUCGGCGGCCAGCAGCCUGCGCGUGAGCCGAGCCUGCCUGCAGAACGUGUUCUCGGUGCUGCUCAUCCUCAUCUACCUCCUGCUCAUGGCCGUGGCCGUCUUCCUGGUCUACCAGACCAUCACGGACUUCCGGGAGAAGCUCAAGCACCCCGUCAUGUCGGUGUCCUACGAGGAGGUGGACCGCUACGACGCCCCUGGUGGGCUGGGCCUGCACCCCCUGAGCUGCCUCCCCCUCCCUGGGCAGGGCCCCCGGGGACCCCCCCUGGGGAAGUCGGCGCUGGUGGUGCGGGGUCCCCGGGAGGUGAAGAAGCGGGAGCUGGUCUUCCUGCAGCUGCGCCUGAACCGGAGCAGCGAGGACUUCAGCGCCAUCGACUACCUGCUCUUCUCCUCCUUCCGGGAGUUCCUGCAGAGGUGCCUCCGCGGCCCGCGCCAGGCGCCCCUCGGGAUGCUGGGCAGUCUGGCGUCCAUCAUCCCCGAGAGGAAGAACGCCCACCACAGCAUUCGCCAGAGCCUGGACUCGCACGACAACGUGGAGGUGGAAGCUGCUGUGUUUGCUGCUGCCAACUUCUCCGCGCAGUCCAAGUAA